AACCAUACAUUCAUUGACAUGAAUAUAUACACAUCACCAUUUAUAGUCUUAUAAGCUUCAAAUUUACAGCUACAGAGACCACAGUAAAAUUUCUCCUGUGUCGCAAAAGGUAACAGAGAAAAAAUGAAAAGCAACGGAGUCUUUCUUGAGGGUCAGAAGGAAAACACAGAAUGUGGUAUCGGGACGUUCAAACCGAAAUUUCUGCAGCACUUUGCAAACAUCAAUGCCUUUGUAGGGAUAUACAGCAUCGUGGGCAUGAUAUCCCAAACUCUGUCUGUCUACGUCAACACACAGGUACCCAAUCUGGAGCGACAGUUCGGAUUGAAUAGUGCUCAAAGCGGGCUUGUUAUGAGCUUUAAUGACGUCGGCUUUUUUGCUGUCGUCUUGUUUGUUUCGGCGGCUGCGCGGUAUGUUCACAUUCCCCGGAUGUUAUUUGUAUGCAUUUUGCUGUAUGGAAUUUCCGGGUUAAUCUGCAGUCUUCCACACUUUGUGGCCGUUUCCAGAGGUCUGUUGCCUUCUCUCAACUUGGACUCAUCCACUGCUAAUGCAAGUAAAGAAAACAGCAAGAUUUCCCUUCUUUGUCGACCCGAGUUGAAUGUGACUAACAGUGUUUGUGAAUCUGAUACGGACGACUCUAAGAAUGCAUUGGCAGCGCCGAGUUAUUCCAUUAAAGCUCUUGCACUGUCGUUAAUCGGGAUCGGAAUGACCCUACAGGGCAUUGGGAAAGCUCCAAGGGGUCCGUUUUAUUUGGUAUAUAUUGAUGACAACAUUGAUCGAAGGAAGACGGGGUUCUACACAGGAAUUGCAGUUGCAACAUCUAUUUUUGGUCCAGCAAUAGCAUUUGGAAUCGGAGGAUAUUUCAGCAGAAUGUAUGUGACUCUGGAAGAUGUUGAUAUGAACCCACGUGACCCACGUUGGAUCGGUGCGUGGUGGCUGGGCUUUGUAGUUUUUGGGACUAUCUCCAUCUUUCUUGCCUCACCUCUCGCUCUCUUUCCUAGACAGAUGAAAAUGUCUGCAAAGGACAUCGCUAAGGGCAAAAUACAAGAAAGAACUAUAGUAGAAAAAUGCUCUUUUUCGGAGAAAAUAAAACUGAGUAUGACCUCGUACAGUAGAAUUGUGCGGAAUCCUAAUUAUCUGCUCACCAUCGCUAUGAAUGUUUUCAUGUUGAUGUCGGUUGGAGGAUGGGCGGGCUUCUCAUCAAAAUUCCUGAUGACGCAUUUCAACAUCCCUCUGUACCUGGCCAACUACAUAUUGGCUGGUGCUAAUAUAUCGGCAGUUGCUGUUGGGUCUUUUUUGGGAGGACUUCUCACAAGGAAGAUUGCAAUGACUCCAAGAAAUGUUUACAGGAUUAUGGCCUUUUUCUACGUCCUUAAUUUCAUUUUCAUGGUUCUUGCCAUGACGAUGAGUUGUCCACAGCCUACCGUUGUAGGUCCAAACCAAAGCAGUAUCCCUGGUUACGUAGAUGUGACGUCACAGAAUUGUUCCCUGGAUUGUUCAUGUGGAGAUAACGAUUUUUACCCGAUUUGCGGUUCCAAUAAGGUUAAUUACCAUUCCCCAUGUUUUGCCGGGUGUCAGGAAUUGCUGAGAAAUGGUCGUAAGUUCAGUAACUGCACUUGUAUACCAGAUGGAAGGGCAGAAGCGGGGUUCUGCGAAGACGUUUGUCCUAACUUAAUACCAUGGGUCAUUUUCAUAUUUCUGUCAAGCAUAACAGCAGCAAUGAAAAUAGCACCCUCCAUCAUUGCCAAUAUAAGGUGUGUCGAUGACAGAGACAAAGCGUCGGCAAUUGGACUGAAUAGCUGUCUAACGGCUGGAUUGGGCUGGGGAUUAUCACCAAUACUGUUUGGUAAAAUGUUGGAUGUUUCCUGUCACAUAUGGCAGUUUCCUUGUUCGUCAUCCGGGGCUUGUGAAUUGUAUGAUCUCUGGUUGUUCCGCGUCUCCUUCCAUGGUCUUUCACUCGCCAUUAGAAGCAUAUCAUUCCUUUUCCUGCUCUGUUUGAUGGUAAGGACAAGGAAUUGUGAAGAUUGGAAAUUUUUCAAUAAAGCUGAACUCUCGGUAAAGAAACCUGACGUGAAGUACACAAGAGUGACGGAUGGAGAUAUAAAAACCACAAGUGAAGAGCAGAAUCCAGCUGAAGACCAACAUUGUGAAAAAUAAGAAAUAAAAUAAGAACUUACAUCACCAAAGAAAGGAAAUACUUAGUUAUGCAUUUGCUUAAACAGACCCAUGUAGGAAUUGUUUAGUCGUCAUUAUUCAUUACUUUCUGUUGAAAGUCUAGAAAUAAUCCUUUACUUUUAUUUAGAUUAAAAGAAAUAAUAAUGAU